AUGGCCUUGUACGUGUCCCGGGAGCCUUUUGGAGCUGGGCAGCGCGCAGAACCUAGAAGUCCCAUUGCAGACCUGCAUGCGCAUUUGGGUACCUUGAAAGUUCCUGGAAAGCAGAUGUCUGCACUAUCUUGGGAAGGAGGAGGACUGAAAAUUGCACUAGCUGUUGAUUCUUUUAUAUAUUUUGCAAACAUUCGACCUGAUUAUAAGUGGGGUUAUUGCUCAAAUACUGUCGUUUAUGCUUAUACCAGACCUGAUCGUCCAGAGUAUUGUGUUAUCUUUUGGGAUACGAAAAACAAUGAGAAAUAUGUUAAAUAUGUGAAAAGUCUCAUUUCUAUUACUACCUGUGGAGAUUUCUGCAUUUUGGCUACAAAAGCUGAUGAAAAUCAUCCUCAGGAGGAGAACGAGAUGGGAACAUUUGGUGCAACGUUUGUGCUUGUUCUUUGUAAUUCUAUUGGCACACCUUUGGAUCCCAAGUAUAUUGAUAUUGUACCGUUAUUCGUUGCAAUGACCAAAACGCAUGUGAUAGCGGCUUCAAAAGAAGCAUUUUAUACCUGGCAGUAUCGUGUGGCAAAGAAGCUCACAGCAUUGGAAAUUAAUCAGAUCACGCGGUCUCGAAAAGAAGGGAGAGAAAGAAUUUAUCAUGUUGAUGAUACUCCUUCUGGAUCAGUGGAUGGGGUGCUUGAUUAUAGUAAAGCCAUUCAAGGCACCCGGGAUCCGAUUUGUGCCAUAACUGCAUCUGAUAAGACAUUGAUUGUGGGUCGUGAAUCUGGCACCAUUCAGAGAUAUAGUCUUCCUAAUGUUGGUUUAAUUCAAAAAUAUUCCCUUAAUUGUCGAGCCUACCAGUUAUCCUUGAAUUGCAACUCUAGUCGUCUGGCUAUCAUAGACAUCUCAGGAGUUCUAACUUUCUUUGACUUGGAUGCUCGGGUAACAGACAGCACAGGACAGCAAGUCAUUGGCGAGUUGUUAAAAUUGGAGCGGAAAGAUGUCUGGGAUAUGAAGUGGGCCAAAGAUAAUCCAGAUUUGUUUGCAAUGAUGGAGAAGACAAGAAUGUAUGUUUUCAGAAACUUGGAUCCUGAGGAGCCCAUUCAGACUUCUGGAUAUAUUUGUAACUUUGAGGAUUUAGAAAUUAAAUCUGUUCUUUUGGAUGAAAUACUGAAGAAUCCUGAACAUCCAAACAAGGAUUAUAUAAUUAACUUUGAGAUUCGGUCCUUGCGAGAUAGUCGAGCAUUGAUUGAGAAGGUUGGCAUUGAAGAUGCAUCUCAAUUCAUAGAGGACAAUCCACACCCCCGACUUUGGCGCCUACUGGCUGAAGCAGCUCUUCAGAACCUGGAUUUGCACACUGCAGAGCAAGCAUUUGUACGCUGCAAAGAUUACCAAGGCAUUAAGUUUGUGAAGCGUCUGGGCCACCUGCAGAGUGAGUCCAUGAAGCAGGCCGAAGUUGCUGCGUACUUCGGCAGGUUUGAAGAGGCCGAAAGAAUGUAUCUUGAUAUGGACAGAAGAGAUCUUGCUAUUGGCCUUCGGCUGAAAUUGGGAGAUUGGUUUAGAGUACUCCAGCUCCUGAAAACUGGAUCUGGUGAUGCAGAUGACAGUCUCCUAGAACAAGCCCACAAUGCCAUCGGAGACUACUUUGCUGAUCGACAAAAAUGGUUGAAUGCUGUACAAUAUUAUGUACAAGGCCGGAACCAGGAACGUCUAGCUGAAUGUUAUUAUAUGUUGGAAGAUUAUGAGGGAUUGGAGAAUCUUGCCAAUUCACUUCCAGAAAACCACAAGUUGCUUCCAGAAAUAGCACAGAUGUUUGUGAGGGUUGGAAUGUGUGAACAAGCAGUGACUGCAUUUUUGAAAUGUAAUCAGCCAAAGGCAGCAGUAGACACCUGUGUCCAUCUCAACCAAUGGAACAAAGCUGUUGAAUUGGCUAAAAAUCAUAGUAUGAAAGAAAUUGGAUCUCUGUUAGCGAGGUAUGCAUCUCAUUUAUUGGAAAAGAAUAAAACUCUUGAUGCCAUAGAACUCUAUCGGAAAGCAAAUUACUUUUAUGAUGCUGCUAAACUGAUGUUUAAG